AUGGCUGAGAAAGUGGCUCCCGUUCCUCCUUACGAGCAGCAACCACUGCAGAACCUUCCCCCCGCAAACCAGCAGCCCAACAGUGUUGCACCGGGCACGCAAAUGCAGCCUCCCCAGCAAUAUGCCCCGCCCAGUAGUUACGCCUCAGCUGCACCUCUGCAGUCUCUCCAACGGAGUCCAGCCCCUGUCGACUGCCCUGUUUGUGGAGUUCGAGAGAUGACCCGCGUGGAGGCUGUCACGGGGAACACGAAUCAUGCCUGGGCUGCUGUGAUGUGUUUCUGCCUUUGCUUGGGGUGCGUCCCGUAUAUGAUGUCGUCCCUUAAGAAUGUGAACCACAUGUGUGGAAGGUGCGGAGCCAUGCUUGCUACCUGGCACAAUAGUGGUCGUGUGGAUAUCCACCAACACGCCCGUGUUGCCGGUGGAGCUCCAGGAUCCUGA